CCUGCCCGUACUGGAUCCCGAUCUCCCUCACUCAACUCUCCUCCCUUCCCCUUCUCUUUCUCAGACAAAAAAAAAAAAACGCCAUUUCAUCGUCUCUCGAAGAUCUGCAAGAGAAAAACUACACCGAAAGGAGAAGCGACUCUCCCUCCCAUUUUCUCCCUCCCCUCAAAUUCUCCCCUCCCAUCUCUCUCUCGUUCCUUCUGUCUGGGCAUGGCGGACGCCGCCGAGCCACCGUCGACGUCGACGAGCGACCCGAAUCCCUCGGCGAGCCCUGUGUCCCCGAGCUCCCAAAUCCACCCGCGACGGGAGCCCUUCGAGCACGGCCUCCUUCCAAUCCCGAAGCUCAUUUUCCCGGACCCCACGCAGACCCUGGGCCAACUCCGGCAGAAGCUCGCGUCCCAGCCGCGGGUCGACGCCGCCGCCCUCGCCGAGGCGCUGCAGAUCUCGGCCGACCACGCGAGGCUCGUGCUCGAUACCCUCGCCUCCGUGCUCCACUCCGAGUCCGACCCGCUCGUCAAGGCUCCGCCCGGGGAGAUUGAUUCCGUCGGGGCGGAUUCGCGUGAUCUGGUACUCUUCCUGUACAUACAAUCGUAUAAGAAGCUGCUGCCCAGGACGCACAAGGACUCCGCUGCCGUGGCCGAUGUUUGGCCCUCCACGUCAGCGUUCGACGGUUACUUGUCCGCUCUCUCGCCGCUUCAGCUUGUACGCAGCAACAGCCGCCGUUUCAUGCCAUCUCAGGCUGAUGAAGAGGCUCAUCAGUUAUCAUAUUUACAAAAGCACAUGGGUAACAUUCUUUCUCUGCUGGCGGAACCUGUUGAAGGAGAAGGAGAAAGCGAAGAGUCCCUGGUUUUGACCAUGGAAGGACUUGAGCACCUUGGAUUUCUUAUCCAAGUUGGCGAAAAGAGUUCUGAAGGAGUUUCACUAGGCCAAGCUGCUCCGUUCUUUGCCAAUUCAGAUCCUGACAUGCCGGCUGUUCCAGUCCCUGCUGCUGAAGUCCUUGACUGGGUAUCACAAAACAUUUCCUCCGCGCUGGAGGCUAUUACUGAAAGAAUAUCUGCUAAAGAGAAUGGUCCAUCAAGUGCAUCUGAUCAAGAUGUAGCCAUGGCUGAUAGCUGCAAUAACUCUGGCAAGACUGCUCCCAGUUCCAGAGGUACAAGCUUCAUUGAGGGUAUCUCCAAAUCGUCGUAUGUAAAACAGGCAUCGGAUCUUAAAGGCUCCUCAGUAAAGGUUUUAAAUUGUCAUGAUUCCGUCAUUUAUAUCUUAGCACCAUUGAGAUAUGCCACAGUCUAUGGAUGCUCUGACUCUACUAUCGUUCUUGGAGCUGUCGGAAAGGCUGUAAGGAUUGAACACUGUGAGCGGGUUCAUGUGAUUACAGCUGCAAAAAGAGUAUGUAUUGCUAAUUGUCGAGAGUGUGUAUUCUUUCUUGGUGUAAACCAGCGGCCACUCAUGGUUGGGGAUAACCAUAAGCUACAAGUGGCUCCAUACAAUACAUUUUAUGCUGAUUUGGAAGCACACAUGGCUGAAGCUGGUAUUGAAGCAAACAUCAACAAGUGGGAUAAGCUGCUGGCCUUGGGAGUUGUUGAUCCUCACGAUUCAUUAUCACAUCCUGCGGGUGUCUCUGAUGUUCAAGCCGAGACUGCCACACGAAUAGAUCCCGACCUUUUCACAAACUUCCUGAUUCCAAACUGGUUUGGAGGCGAAUCAUCAGGGAUGACAAAAGAUAACCCGUUCCCAUUGCCAGACAAUUAUAUGGAAUCCCGUCAGAAAAAUCUAAAAAGCUUGGAUGAGAUGAAACAGCUAUUGAGGGACACUCCACUUGAAGACAGCAGGAAGCGGGAACUGUCAUGCGCACUCCACGUGCUGUUCAAAGAUUGGUUAUAUGCUUCAGGUAAUAUCCGCCAACUUUACUGCCUACAAGGCGACUAAGGCCGGUCCAACCCUCAAGGAAAUGGAGGAACGCGUUUUUGUAGCAUUGCUGGGAAUCUGUUUCUGUUUAUUUUUUGCAUCCAUCAUCGAAAGGCAAGCUCAAACGUGUACUCAUUGAAUAAACGGUACAACCGACGAUGUCGAUUAGCCUGUUUGACAAUGGUGCACAGAAUAUACAUGCCAUGCCAUGCCGCCUCCCCCUACUCUAAUCUCACUGUAAUAUUAUUUUUUUGGUCUUUGAGUCUUCUGUUCUUUAAGAGAAGGAAAGGAAAAGUUCUUACUGUAAUAUUUGUUUACACCCUCCUGGUUAGGUUCC